GGAUAGCGGAAGUGGACAGUCAACCGGAAGUAGCUGGAAUCACGGUCAGCCUGAGAGACUGACAGGAUCCUGAGGUUCACAGAGGAGGCAGCCAUGGAGUUGGGCGAACUGCUGUACAACAAGUCCGAGUACAUCGAGACGGCAUCUGGGAACAAAGUUAGUCGUCAGUCUGUUUUGUGUGGAAGCCAGAACAUCGUUCUCAAUGGCAAGACCAUUAUAAUGAAUGACUGUAUCAUCCGAGGAGACCUGGCAAAUGUAAGAGUUGGACGUCACUGUGUUGUGAAAAGUCGUAGUGUCAUAAGGCCACCGUUCAAAAAAUUCAGCAAAGGUGUUGCAUUCUUUCCUCUGCAUAUUGGAGAUCAUGUCUUUAUUGAGGAAGACUGUGUGGUCAACGCUGCCCAGAUUGGUUCUUAUGUGCAUGUUGGCAAGAACUGUGUGAUUGGUCGCCGGUGUGUCUUGAAAGACUGCUGCAAAAUUCUUGACAAUACAGUAUUACCUCCAGAAACUGUGGUCCCCCCAUUCACUGUCUUCUCCGGGUGCCCAGGACUCUUCUCAGGGGAGCUCCCAGAGUGCACACAGGAACUGAUGAUCGAUGUCACCAAAAGCUACUACCAGAAGUUUCUACCCCUAACACAAGUCUAAUGUCUCUGCUUCAUAUCUUUAAUUCUUUUGAACUCUAAAAUGAACCUGGAGAUAAAGAGAGCAGUCGGUGACUACAAGAGCUGUCCUGUUUUUGACAACUUCUACUCUCCUUGUUGUUGGUUGUAUUUUUGGUUUUUUGUUUUUUAAUUGAUAGAAUUUUUCAAUCUUCCAUGGCUCUGAGCAUUUAAGAAUUUAAUAAGAAGGCUGGAGAAAUGACUCAGUGGUUAAGCAUUGCUCUUCCAGAGGACCCAGGUUCAGUUCCAAACACUCACAUGGCCCUAUAUCUGUCUGUAACUCCAGUACCAGAGGAUCUGAUGGGUUUCUGACUUCCAUGGUCACCAGACAUACAGGUGGUAAAGACAUAUAUGCAGCCAAAAUGUCCUUUCACAUAAAAUAAUGAACUUUUAAAAAAUUUUAAUAAGAAUAUCUUGAAGAAUUGUCUGUCUUUACACACUAUGCUUACACCUAAUCUGUCAAUAGUCACCAUACCAUUGUCUGAGGAGGACAGAAAGGUCUGUUGCUGACACUCCAGCCCUGUGGUCCUGCUGAUGGCUGGAACCUGCCGGGCAUGGGCCUGCAGAGCAGUAACUCCCUCCCAGCAUGGGGUCACAUGGCCCAAGUAUUGCUCACAACCCUGUCCUGUCACCACUGCACAUCAUCCACACAGAUGACACUCCACUUUUCUGCUCCUAAUAUGGGACCAAUAGCCACAAUUUCUCAUAUCCUGGGGAAAGUGUGAUUUCAGAGCCCAGGUUCCUAUUGGUGGUUAGAACAUAAGGAAAAGAAACAGGUUGUAGUGACUUGUAACCAUCAUCCAAGUAUCUGGGAGGUAGAGGCAGGAGGAGUAAGAGCUACAUAGUGAACUCAACACUUGCCUGGUGUGCUACAUGAGACCCUGCUUCAAAACAGCAAAAAUAUAGUCAGUAAAGGAAAAAGCACGUAGAGCAGGUGAUAUCUGUUGUUGUUUCAGGGUGGCCUUAGUUGUCCUAAAGUAGUUAAUAAAAGACUUAAAACAUCCUG